AUGACAGCUAAUGGUGAACGGCUCAGCGCAGUCGCAAGACGGCGCCGUCUGCGCGAUGCCCAGUUGGCGGCCCCUACGGCGCCAGCUCCAGCGCCAGCUUCAGCAGACGACGCACAGUUGACUCGACCUGUGUCUGGGCGGAGCUCCCCCCAAGUCAGCGAGCCCGUCACUGAGGUUCGGUCUGUCGGCACCUCGAACCAAUUUUCAGCGCUGGUGGAUGCGUCUGCUGUUCAUUUCAGCUCGAGCAAAGAGGUGGAUCAGUUGAGUGAGACGUCUGUCAAGAUCAGGCUGUCUCGUGGUCAGAACUGUGUGAUUGUUGGCACAUGCACUCUCUGGGUCAAGCAAGGAUCUGUCUUCAUAUAUGGCGCUACAAUCCAUGCUUCCACAUCUGUCCAUCAGAUCUACGCCCCCAACACCCAUGCCCUUCCGGCCAUUGAAGCCUUGAGUUCAAAAGCAGAGUUUCAAUUGGACUCUCUUGACGCUGGCUUGACUGAUCUUCCAUACAUUGGCGUCCGAGACUUGUGGGUUCCAGCAAAUGUCAAGCAAACUACUUCGUCGUUCUAUGUGCUGGGACAUUCGUUCGACCAUGACCCCAGACUUCCCCGACGCCUCAAGGAACUGAACCUUUCAUCUUGGAAGCCGAUCAUAUCUGGGGUAUUGCCGUCUGGAGAUACAUCCUCGACGACUUCUCCUCCCAGAAUUCUGUUAUGUGGCCGACGCUGCUCGGGCGUGUCGACUCUGGCUCGAUGCCUGGUCAACAGGAUCGUCACCAGACAGAAUGCGUCGACUAUUAAGACUCGUCACACAGGUGUUUUAGUUCUCGAUCUCGACACAAAUAUGCCCGAGUUUGCCCCUCCGGGCACGAUAAGUCUGGUGCAUGUUGUCGGUACCCAGCUAGGGCCCUCGUUCACACAUGUCCUCACAGCAACCGGGCGUUCCAAUCGGAUCCUGAGAACGCAUUUCCUCGGAGACGUACAUUUCACGGAUCUGUGCGACUGGCACAUCGACCGAGUGCUUGAUCUCGUAGAGCUGGCCAAGCAGCAUUGCGCCAGGUACGACGGUACUCCAGUCCUGGUAUUGGCGCCAAAGUGGUGGAAUGGCAUUGAACAAAAACUGGCGAGUCAGCUGUGGACAAGGAUCGCACCGACCGACAUUAUCUGCCUCGACGCCAGUACAGCGUCGCCUCAUCUGCAACCCUGGAAGUCAGUAGCCGAGACUGGCCAGUGUCGGGUGCACCAACUGCCUGGCCAGGUGUUCGACAAGAUCUAUUCCGCUAGAGAACAUGAUCUCCAGAUGCAGUCAUACUUCCAUCUAGUUGACUCUUCGACAGACCACCCACUCUGGAACGAUCUGCCGAUUCUUGCAGGGACGCACCACGAAUUAACACUAAGUUAUGGUGGCGAUGACGCAGACGUAUGCUCAGUCAUCUUACUAGGCGGACAUGUCGCGCUUGAAGACACAUACGACGCUCUGGAAGGCAACCUGGUCGCCAUUGUGGCGGUGAAGCGCCCAACGGAUAGGGGCUCGAUGUCAGAUUGUGAGGUUACAGAGGACAGCAACACUGACAGCUCCCACGUAUCCGUAUCUCGCACCGAAGAAGGGCUCCCGCGGCUACAUGUACAGGGCGGCAUGCGAUCGCGAUCCCUGUCUGGCAGCUCGGGCGAAGAUUCCUUCUGCGUAGCGGUGGCCAUGGUCGUGAAGAUCGACAUCCCAAGCAGACAGAUCACUCUCGUCACAGGACCGAGCCUGAGCGUGCGCGAAGUUGAGGCGCGGAAGCAGGGACACCAAGUAGCGCUGGUGCUGCAGAAGGCCACGACCGAUGGGCGAUUCAGACCCGACUGGGCGCGGAAGGAGAUGGAAGAUGGAGAUGCGAGGUGGCGGAAGAGGGCAAGCUGA